UGUAAAAAUCAUAAACAAAACAACUUUAUCAGCUGAAAUGCGUUUCAAUCAUCACAUUAGUACAUUUAGUACUGAUAAGCAUAUGGGAACGAGUCGACAGAUCGUCAAAUCAAAGAAGAUCAACAUAAACCAUGUGCAAAGCAAAGUAAAACGACGGUUUCACUCCAAAUCUGAAUUACCGUCUGACUUGGUGCUCGAGAAUGAAGACGUAGAAUUAGAAAUGGCAAUUGAAGCUGCCCAAACUCUAAAAGCAAAUACGCGCCCACUCCUACAGCUUUUGUCAGAGGAUUAUCCUUCACCAGUGGUUCUUACUGAAAGUUUACACACUGAGACGGAAAUGGUGUCUCUCAAUCAGUCGCAAGUUUACCAAGACAUUAACCUAUCCUCGGAAGAAGAUGAUACAGACGUGCCUUGCAAAGUCCUGGAGAAGGAAGACACAAACCACAUUACCAGCGAACACAGAUUAAGCAACUUAAGUCGAUUCGUUUGGUCCCCAAAGUCAACAAAUAUAUUACUUAAAUUGUGGGAAAAAAAUUUGAUAGGCUUGCGCGAUGACUUAAAAAAAAACUCGGAAAUACACAAGGAAAUGGCCAUGGAUAUGGCAGCAUAUGGUCCCACAGCGAAGGAAAUAAAAACCAAGAUGGAUAAUAUGUUAAGAAAAUACAGAGUCGAAAUUGAAAAGAUGAAAAAAACGAAUACUACAACAUCGAGCUGGCGAUAUUUUAAAAUAAUUCAAACAUUUCUGAAUGAAGACCCCGCGGCGGAUUUUGAGGAAAUCAUUUUUGAUGAUCAAGAAUCAUCAACGUUCUAUAAAUCUGAUGAGUGCGAUGAUAACAUUAGCAUAGUAAAUGUAACAAAUCCGCCGUCUGAGGAAAAUUUUCAGACAGACACUGAGCCGGAACCUGAAAUAAAAGACGAACACCACUCCUACCCUCAAUUACAAAGGAGAACAAACGUAGAAGAAUAUCAUUCGCCAUUGCGAACAGCAAAGAAAUCAAAAAAUAGAUUAAUGGAAAUAGAGGAAGAAAAGCUGACAAUUGAGAAGCAGAAGCUUCUAGUCAUGAAGCAUAUCUCCCGUGACUUAACAUCAAUAAGUAAAACGCUUAUAGAAUUGCUCCGAAAUUCAAAUAAUAAGGUCCAAAAUAAUCAAUAA